CUGUCUUCUCACCCCUGCUCCUCCAGCUCCUCCACCAUGAGCGUCUUCUCCAGCUCGAUGGCUGGUCUGGGGUCGGAGGUGUGUGGCGACACCGCCUCCCUGGUCUCUUUGGAGUCAAGCGUUUUCCUCAGCGAGCGGACGGCGUCCUGCGUCAGCGACACACUCAUCAUCAUCAACGUUGGCGGGAGUCGCUACGUGCUGUCGCAGGAUCUGCUGGCGUCCUACCCGGAGACCCGGCUGGGGAAACUGGCCUGCUGCAGCCGAGACUCGGCGCUGGAGCUCUGCGACGACGUGCAGACUGAGCUUACCUGUGUGUUUGUCCACAGGUACGUGAUGAACUACUACCGGACGGGUCACCUGCACGUCAUGGAGGAGCUGUGUGAGAUCUCCUUCCUGCAGGAGAUCGAGUACUGGGGCAUCGACGAGCUCCGCAUCAACCCCUGCUGCCGUGAGCGCUACUACCGCCGCAAGGAGCAGAAGGAAAGCCUCGAGGUGCAGCGGGAGCUCGAUGCCGACGACGGGGAUGAGGACUUUGCGGGCGUCGCCUGCCCAGGCACUCGCCGCCGCCUCUGGGACGUUCUUGAGAAACCCGAGUCAUCGCGCGCUGCUCGGACCUUCGGCUCGCUCUCGAUGUUCUUCGUGGUGUUGUCGGUCAUCAACAUGGUGCUCAUCUCGCUGGACUUAGGCGAGGACUUUGGAGGUUUGAAGUCUCUCGGUAUGACCAUCGCGCAGUGCUACGAGGAGGUCGGCCUUCUGCUCCUCUUCCUCGGUGUGGGCAUCUCCAUCUUCGCGGCCGCAGUCUUCGCCCUGGAGCACGACCUUCCUGCCACCACCUUCACCAGCGUUCCCGCCGCCUGGUGGUGGGCGACCACGUCUAUGACCACGGUGGGCUACGGGGACGUGCGGCCCGACACGGCGGUGGGUAAGGUGCUCGCCUUCCUCUGCAUCCUGUCUGGGAUCCUAAUCCUGGCGCUCCCCAUCGCCAUCAUCAACGACCGCUUCUCUGCCUGCUACUUCACCCUGAAGACGAAGGAGGCGGCGAUACGACACGGCGAGAUGCUGAAGCGGCUGGCCCGUGGCUCGGUGGGGGAGGCGGGGCCGGGCGUGAACCUGAGGGACGCCUAUGCCCGGAGCGUGCUGGAGAUGAUGAGGCUGCAAGGGCGGGAGAGGGCGAGCACUAGAAGCAGCGGGGGCGACGAGCUGUGGUGGUAGCAAGAACAGCCCCGCCCCUAUGACCUCUGACCCCUCGGAGAAACGCACACACGAUGACCCCAGCAGCAGCAGAGCCCGUGAUUGGACAGGAGGACGCCAGCAGGAAGGUAGACCCAGGAAGACGAGUGUGAGCAUGCUCAGACCGUCCCGCCGUACGCUGUGCCACGCCCAGCAGCAGCGUGUUCCCGUUUAACUCAUGACUUUAUUCACAAAACACAUUUCCUCUCUGAACAUUAGC